AUGGACGAAACUAGCUUUUCCCCCAGCAAGACAUGCAAGAAAGUUGUUGUACACCGUGGAUCGCGAAACGUGUAUGUCGAAGAAACGACUACUUCGUCACAUGUUACGAUUGUCGCAUGCGUUGGUGCUGACGGCACUAAGCCGCCCAACAGCCCUGACCUGAAUGUCCUGGACCUUGGUUUCUUUGCAUCCAUCGAAGCUCUACAGUACAAGAUGGUGAGUUCAUCCAUUGACGAUGUGAUUUUCUCGACGUUGACAGCUUUCGACCACCUCAGUGUCGACAAGCUGGAGAACGUAUUUCUCUCGCUGCAGGCUGUGAUGCGCCUGGUUCUUGAGCAUCAAGGCGACAACCACUUCAAGUUGCCCCACCUACGUAAAGAUGCAUUGAGACGUGCUGGCAACCUCAUGGCUACUGUGGCGUGCCCUGUUUUCCUCCUCCAUGAGUCGGACAUGUACCUCCAACCCCACGGAAUUCCAAGCCUCGAAUAG